UAAGUUGUGGUUUUUAAACUGUUCACCAAAUCGUCUUCCUGCGAAAAAUCACCAUGUUCCGAAAUAUUCUAGUGAUUGCUCUUCUCCCAGCUAUAGCCUUUGCCGGUGAUGUUGUUGAAACGAGGGCCUGUUCCAAUGAUCGACCGGUUCCUCGAGAAGUGCGAGUAGACAACUGCCCUUCGGUUCCCUGUGAACUUGUUCGUGGAACGGAUGCCAACAUGGAAAUGGAUUUCACUGCUCCAUUUGACGCCACCACACUGAGCACACAAGUCGUUGCGACCGCUUUGGGAGUGACCGGGCCUUUCGAACUUCCGGAUGAUCGUGCCAGAGCUUGCGAUUGGUUGAUUGAUAAAUGUCCCGUUUCGCAGGGUGAAGAUUUGACGUACAACCUGCAGAUGCCGGUGUCGAACAUUUAUCCCCGUAUCAGUGUCACCAUUGAAGUCAGCUUGGUUGAUCAGGGCAAUCAAACACACGCUUGCUUCAUUCUAGACACCCGAGUCGUUUCAUCAUAA